UUGUGGUCCAUGGAAAACAUGUCCAUAACCAAUGCCGGGAACAGCUCAACUGUGACCAUGUUCAUCUUCUUGGGAUUCUCAGACUAUCCCAAACUCCAAGCCCUCCUCUUUCUAACUUUCCUGGGCAUCUAUCUUGUGACCUUGAUUUGGAACCUGGCCCUCAUCUUUCUGAUCAGAGGUGACAUCUGUCUGCACACACCCAUGUACUUCUUCCUCAGCAACUUAUCCUUCAUUGACAUCUGCUAUUCAUCCACUGUGGCUCCCAAGAUGCUCACUGAUUUCUUUCAGGAGCAGAAGAUCAUAUCAUUCCUGGGAUGUGCUGUUCAGUUCUUUUUCUUUGUCGGUUUGGGCCUAACUGAGUGCUUCCUCCUGACAGCUAUGGCUUAUGACCGAUAUGCAGCCAUCUCCAGCCCCCUUCUCUAUACCACAAUCAUGUCCCAGGGCUUCUGCACAUGCAUGGUGGCCGGGGCUUAUUUUGGUGGCUUCCUUAGCUCUUUGAUCCAGACCAGCUCCAUAUUUCAGCUCCACUUCUGUGGACCAAACAUUAUCAACCACUUCUUCUGUGACCUCCCACCAGUCCUGGCACUUUCUUGCUCCAGCAUCUUCUUCAGCCAAGUGUUGAAUUUCCUUGUAGUGAUCACUGCAGGAGGGUCAUCAUUUCUCAUCCUCUUGAUCUCCUACAGUUACAUAGUGGCUGCAGUAUUGAAGAUCAGCUCUGUGGAAGGCCGGUGGAAAGCUUUCAACACAUGCACCUCACACCUGAUGGCCGUGACUAUGUUGUUUGGGACGGCACUUUUCAUGUACCUGCGGCCCAGCUCCAGCUACUCACUCAGCAGAGACAAGGUGGUGUCUGUCUUCUAUUCACUGGUGAUCCCCAUGCUGAACCCUCUCAUUUAUAGUUUGAGGAACAAAGAGAUCAAGAAUGCCCUGUGGAAAGUGAUGGAGAAAAAGUGUUUUCUAGGCCAUGAGUAGAAACAUGAUC